UGGUGAUUCUGGUUUAUCUGAUGAAUUAUAUUGAUCGGUAACCCCCCUCCCCCAUACUGCUUUCCCGUCUGUGGAGAGUCCUCAAGUUACCCCGUGCGGGGAGCGAGGAUGAAUGAGUGAAGAAUGAACCAAAGGCUGAAGAAGACGAUAGAAACAACUACGCGGCUGCAAAAGUGCAAGGUAUCAUGGGAGACCUCGGUCUCAACGACGCGGAGUACCAAACCGGGCUGUCGAUUCUGUUCGUAGCAUACAUCCUCAUGCAAGUCCCGUCGAACCUGCUGCUGAACUACAUGGGCAAGCCGUCUGUGUACCUUGGUUUUUUCACAACGGCAUGGGGGCUUGUGUCUACACUGACGAGCCAGGUGACUGGCUACGGGGGCAUCGUCGCAUGUCGGUUUAUUCUGGGUCUGGUGGAGGCGCCGUUUUUCGCGGGCGUGCUGUUUUACCUCUCCAAGUGGUAUACGAAGAGGGAGUUGGCGUUUCGGAUGAGUAUCUUUUAUUCGGGGUCGUUGUUGUCUGGUGGGUUGGCUCUGUUGUUGGUGUCUGGGCUGGGCUAACGGGUGUCUAGGUGCGUUUGGCAAUCUCAUCGCUGCGGGUAUUCUGUCAGGCAUGCAGGGGAAACGAGGCCUGUCGUCGUGGCAGUGGCUGUAUGUGAUCGAGGGCGCCAUCACCAUGUUUGUCGGCAUUGCGGUCGUCUUCCUGCUGCCUGACUUCCCCGACACAUGGCACAUGCUGACGCCCGAGAUGAAGCAUGUUGCUAACCGGCGGAUGGCCAUCGAGGCGGCAGAGGCGGAUAUCGACGAGGCGGGCAAGAUGAGUCAGGUUAGGGGGUUGAAACUGGCGUUCACGGAUAUCAAGACGUACGCGCUGGCUAUCGCGUACAUGUCCAUCACGGGCGCGAGUGGGUUCCAGAAUUACUUCCCAACAUUGACUGGCACACUCGGCUAUGACGAUACCAUCUCGCUGGUGCUGGUGGCGCCGCCGUACCUCUUCAUGGUCGUGUACAGCCUGACACACUCGUUCCUGUCGGACCGCGUGGGCAACCGCUUCUGGUUCUUCGUGUAUCCCAUCCCCAUCACCAUCGUGGGCUUUAUCAUUUUCAUGACGACUGAUGCAUUUGGGCCUCGCUAUUUUUCCUUCUUCCUGAUGAUGUUCGUGUUCGCGCAGAACGGCACCGUGUACUCGUGGAUUGCGAACGCCAUCCCUCGCCCGCCUGCCAAGCGCGCAGCGGCAUACGCCUUUAUCAAUUCAGUCGGCAACUCGGCUAGCAUCUGGACGCCGUACACGUAUCGCCAAAAGGACAACCCGCACUAUGUGACGGCGAUGGUCGUGUGCAUCGCGCUGCAGGUGCUCGGGUUCCUGAUGGCCGUGUUCAUGUAUUUCCACCUCCGGUCGCUGAACACGCGGCUGGAGCGGCUCGAGAACGCCGACGUGACCCUGACGGAGAAAGAGCUCCGGCGGUUACAGCAUACGGCCGAGGUGGAGGGCAUCGACAUCGCUGCCGCGCGACGCCUGCAGAAGGGAUUCCGGUACAUGACCUGAUGACGGUGGGGCGUGUACCGUAGUACUGGGCUGGGAUCCAAAGGAUCAGAAUCAAAUCUACUCCUGAGUCGAUGAACGGGUCUACGCUCUCUCACUCUGUAGUGCGGUAGACGGGUCAUGACAUCAGACCCACAUAGACACGACUCCACUGCGGCGCCCUGAUAACCGUCAUCAGUAGACCCACGCGCGUUCGUCGACCGCUUGCGGAUGGAUAAUCCGUAUUGUGGACUGCAUAAUGAGCAUAGUCGGCUGCUGACGAAGAUUUGGCCUGGCUCGACGUGUUCGUGACCCUGAAGUGCAGUUGUUGGCGACAUCGGUUUGCUGUGGAAUGCUUGCAUGCAGCUAGACCCGAUCGGGACCGACACGGUUGUGACCUGUCAAUCUGGGGAAGUUCAUCAUUCAUCCGUUCAUCUGCGAGGCAUUGAACGUGGUAGGUUGUGGAGGAGCUACGGAGGAGCUACGUCGUUAUGAGACGAAUGUCCAUCGUCGGUCGCUCAAUUGGAGCGUCUGAUCGUAAUCGCUGGGACAACGAUUUUAAGCCCUGGUUCAUAUGGCCUGGCUCAUAUGGACGACACCCCCUGGAUUGCUCUGCUUAAG